UGGCUGAAACUUACUUCUGAUGAUGUAAAGGAACAGAUCUACAAGUUGGCUAAAAAGGGUCUGACUCCUUCCCAGAUUGGUGUGAUCCUGAGGGAUUCCCAUGGUGUUGCCCAGGUUCGCUUUGUUACUGGGAACAAGAUUCUGAGGAUCCUUAAAUCAAAAGGACUGGCCCCAGACCUCCCAGAGGAUCUGUAUCACUUGAUCAAGAAAGCUGUUGCUGUUCGCAAACAUCUUGAGAGAAAUAGAAAGGAUAAAGAUGCCAAGUUCCGCCUGAUUCUGAUCGAGAGCAGAAUCCACAGGUUGGCUCGCUACUACAAGACUAAGAGAGUGCUGCCACCCAACUGGAAGUAUGAAUCAUCAACAGCUUCUGCCCUGGUCGCAUAAAAGCUGGCAGUGACGUACUGAAAGAAUAAAUUUUGGUUACCUGAA